AAUAAAAGUAUUAAAUAUAUUUGUGAUAAAAGGCCUUCGAUGCCAUAAAUUGAUGGCUGCUUUUCAGCUUCGUUGAGGUCAAGGGUUUCGAGUCUAUAGCGAUCACAAAAAAGGCGAUUUUUAUCUCAGCUGUUCAAUCGAUUUUAGCUGACUUGUGUUAUUCAAUGCGCUUUACAGUAACUUGAGCUAUGGGAAAGAGGAAGUCAAAAUCAAAGCCACCUCCAAAGAAGAGGAUGGACAAACUUGAUACUGUUUUCAGCUGUCCUUUCUGUAGUCAUGGCACCAGCGUGGAAUGUCGCAUUGAUAUGAAAAACUUGAUUGGCGAGGCAAAUUGCAGGAUCUGCCAAGAGAGCUUCAGCACCACUGUCACAGCACUAACAGAGCCUAUUGAUAUAUAUAGUGAAUGGAUUGACGAGUGUGAACGAGUCAACAACUACGAAGAAGAUGAUGUUUCCUACAAGUUAGAUCCUAAUGAAUGAUCUGCUUCAAGAUUGUGCAGACUGUUGAGUAGCCAGAAAUGAUUUAAAGCUGCUUUAAGCUUGACUUCAAUUUUGGCAAUUAUUCAUCGCAGUGCCUAAGAAGAACCUAAACUUAUCCAGGCCUAAUGGAGUCCAAUAAGUAGCUCCAUUUAAGAGGCUUUCUAUGUCCAAAUUGUUUGAAACAGAGUCAGUUGCUAUCUUCUUUAUGUUUUGCUCCUGCAAUUAUAGCUGUCUAUAUGAGAUUGGCUUAAUGAUGUGAGCCUAAUGUUAAGUAGGUUUAUUUCUCCUAUUACAUGAUGCCUAGGUACAUGUUAAGCCCUUCAUUACCCUUAGUAAGGGCUGUAAAUGGAUACCUCUUUUGAAGUGUUCCAUAUAUAUGUGAAUAAAUAAUCUUUUUAAA